AUGCCGCCGACUCCAGCUACCACUCCUCUCCAUCAUAUGGACUCACACGUCCUUCCAAGCUGGCCCGACCCUGGCCCCAGCAUAUGGAGGGAUAUUCGCAUUGAUGCUACAUCUCUGCAACGUGAAUACUGGGCAGAGCAUGAGGUCAUCCAAUUCUACUACUGUCCCCCGGUUUUCAAAUAUCAUACACGGAUGCCGCCAAGGGACCAUGCCAUUCCCAGCCUCCAUCACUCUCAUGAAGCAGACUAUCCGCUUGAGGCGGCCUCCGUACUUUGUAUGCCACCACUGAGACUGUGUCUGAUGAGACGAAUUGAGUCGGAGCCAAUGUCCAAUACAGUUGAACGGACGCCAGGGACUGAUUUUUCGACAAUGCAGACUAUCAACCCUGCUCUGGUCUUUCCAAAUGCUUCGAAAUCUAUUCCCGAGUCCUUCAGUUGUACAGGAAUUCCUGUCGCGGCUGCUGAAGUCUGCCCCAUCACCUCUGAUACUGGUAUCUCCUCUACUCGAUUACUUGACCCGCCACAAGAGAAUGCCGAAAUAGUUCAUGAUACCGAUGUUUGUAUGAACGACCCGUCACUGCUUGACUGUCACGUCCUUCGCAAACAGCCUGGUCGUGACUUGGAUGUGGAGGACCCGGAAUUUGAUAUGCACAAGCGAAAACUCAAUUGCCCAAUCAUUGGCUGCAGAAAGGGUUUCAAGCGUCAGGACCACCUCGAGCGUCAUACAAGAAGCCACUCGAAGGAAAAGCCCCAUGUCUGUUGGGUGCCUGGAUGCCACCGAGCCUUUUCACGCCGUGACAACCUCAAGGUCCAUUGUACGAAGACACAUACGACACACGGUGGUCGUAACCGCUAUGUUGCUACCCUUGACCAGACGAGCCCCUACUAUGAUCCAGGGUUUCGAGGACAGCUAUCAUUUGAUGGAUUCCCGCUCAGGUUUCCAGCACCUAGUAGUCCCGUUCCUGAAUUUAAGCCUUAG